GGUCACCCACACGCACACUCACACCCAUCCACGUUCACCAGUAGGCCUACCGUAUUUAAUUAUGAGCACCUCAAACGGAAUCGAAGCAAAAGUUGCAGUGGUAACUGGCGCUAACAAGGGUAUUGGUCUAGAAAUCGUUCGAUCUCUGUGUCGCCAUUUUGGACAAGAUGGCGUCGUCUACCUGACCGCGCGCAAUGAAGGGCGUGGUCGUGCCGCUGUUGAGCUCCUCCAAGAGGGACUUUAUCCCAAGUUUCAUCUUCUUAACAUUACUGACCAAUUGACCAUCGAUGAGAUUCGGGCUUACUUGGAGAAAACACACGGUGGCAUUGAUGUAUUAAUCAACAAUGCCGGUGUGGGGGAUCUACAUGAGUUUGACAUCCCUGUACAUGAGAAAGCAGUCCGGAUCAUGAACACAAACUACUUUGGUCUCUCUGCUGUCUGCCGCAGUCUUACACCCCUGGUUCGGUCUGGUGGAAGGAUUGUGAAUGUCGCUAGCACGACGGGAUACCUAAUGUUCAGAGAACAGUUAAAUGAUGAAGUCAGGAACAGAUUUCGACAAGCUAAAGAUGAACAAGGCGUCGUAGAUCUUAUGAAUGAAUAUCUGAAAUGCUGUCUCAGAGGUACCACGGCAGAGAAGGGUUGGGCAGUCCCAGAAUGGGCUUACGGCAUCUCUAAACUCGGUGUGAUCACACUGUCAAAGUUACUGGCUGAGAAGAUUUCACAGGAUGACGCGAAACAGGAUAUACUCCUCAAUUCAUGUUGCCCGGCUUUAGUACGCACUGAAAUGACUGCUCACAGGCCGGAUAACGUAAUAGGAUUGACCAAGAUUACUCCGGCAGAGGGCGCUGAUACCCCUGUGUUUUUAGCUCUCCUCCCUCCCAGGGCAAAGGAGCCGAACGGAAUGUUUCUAAUGUGGAGGACAGUGUACGACUUUAUCCAUACCGAUGUUUCUAUACCAGACGUUCAUCUGUAAUAUUUGUAAGAAAUAUCUUUAAAAACACAAAAUGUGGGCCUAGAUGCCUGGACUAGACUCAGUCCUCUUGUGAAAUUAAAUUUUUAUUUUCCGAGUAAAGCCUUGUUAAGAUUUGCCGUUUUGUUUUAAACUGAUAUAUAUAUAUAUAUAUAUAUAUAUAAUACAAAAGCAUAAUUGAAACAUUACACAUGGCUCAGUGAAUACGUGCAAAAUCUUUGUUGCGCGUAAUUGCUAUUCAUUAACACGUUUACGAUUUACCACAGUAUAUUUGAACGAGUCUUAAGACCCCCGUUUACGAUUUUACGUCUUACGUUUACGUCCCCACCCGCUCCUCCCCCACAGGUAUGUGCCCCCAAAAGUACGUACCCCCUUUAUAAUGGAUGGACUCACGAAACGCCACUGUCAUUUAAGGGUGGUGGAAUGGUAAUCUCAAGACCCCCCCCCCCUUCGGCCUCUCCUGUUUCAAACAUUUAAGCAUUUCUUUCCUAGCGCAAAUGCUCUCUUUGUGGCAAUAAGAAUGUUCUUUGUUAAAAUUUAACAUUUAUUUCUUUUACAAAGUGUUUCUGAUUGUUUAUUUCUUCUA